AUGGCCGAUGGGCUGAAAGCAGUAGCAAGGGUUGGAAUUCCUGGUGAGCACAGGGGAAUCCUCUGUGAUCAUCAUUUGUUUCGAAUUCUCAGGCACUGGUUGAAAGCGGAUCAUGAUCCUUUCUACAAUCCUCUAAAUGAUUACGUGAUCCUACCCACUUCUUUCGAAAUUGAAAGGCACCAUGAGAAGGGCUACCAAGUGACUUCGCUUAAAGAGGAAUGGGAAAUCAUUACCGAAGACCAAGAAGACCUGCAAACCAAUGCUAAUACAAAGCCUUUGGUGGGUUCAAUAUCUAUUUCACAUGUGGGAGAUGAUCAAUCUUCUCGGGAAGAGGCUCAUGCCACAGUUACUGUCCACCCUCAAAGUGAGGGUAAGCAGCAUGUUGAACUGAAUGCAGUGUCUGUCUAUGCAGGUGUUUAA